GACUCAGUAGUUUCCUGAAUAAGCCAGAGAGUCACCUGAGACGCAAAGAUGUUGGAAGAAGAUAUGGAGGUGGCCAUCAAGGUGGUAGUAGUAGGAAAUGGAGCUGUUGGGAAGUCCAGUAUGAUUCAGCGGUAUUGCAAGGGGAUUUUUACAAAAGACUACAAGAAAACUAUUGGUGUAGAUUUCCUGGAAAGACAAAUCCAAGUUAACGAUGAAGAUGUCAGGCUAAUGUUAUGGGACACUGCGGGUCAAGAAGAAUUUGAUGCAAUAACUAAGGCCUACUAUAGAGGAGCCCAGGCUUGUGUUCUUGUGUUUUCUACAACUGACAGAGAGUCCUUCAAAGCAAUCCCUACCUGGAAGGAAAAAGUUGUGACUGAAGUUGGAGACAUUCCCACCGUUCUUGUGCAGAAUAAGAUUGAUCUUCUUGAUGACUCUUGCAUAAAGAAUGAAGAGGCAGAAGCACUGGCAAAAAAGCUAAAAUUAAGGUUCUACCGAGCAUCUGUGAAGGAAGACCUGAACGUAACUGAAGUUUUUAAGUAUUUGGCCGAUAAAUAUCUUCAAAGGCUCAAGCAACAAACAGCUGAUGAUCCAGAACUAGUACAUACAAGCAGUAACAAGAUUGGUGUUUUUAAUACAGCUGGUGGAAGUCACUCCAACCAAAAUUCUGGCACUCUUAAUGGUGGAGAUGUCAUCAACCUUAGGCCAAACAAACAGAGGACCAAGAAAAACAGAAGUCCUUUUAGCAACUGCAGCAUACCUUAGACCACUUUUGGAAGAAAAAAAGCAACCCGGGGAAUUGGAUGAAGUUGUGCAAUUGAACACAGAAUAAAGUCAGCUGUAGAGGUAUUUUUACCAGUGCUUUAGCGAGUCUUGUGCCUAUGGGAUCUUUGAUAGAGGGUGGAUUUAUCCAACCUUGCUGAUGCAGUGGUUCUUGGUGUGCAGGGCGAGACACCUGCUGGCAAAGCACAGAACCGCGGUUGUCCUCUGCGCUUGGUAAAAAUUA